AUGUCUGAUCCUGCCUCCGUCACCAUACCUGAAUACAGAGAGUGGUACCAUCACUACGGCUCCCAGGUGGGGACAAACAUCACCGACUGUGACCUGGAUGAGGAGAUGAGCAAGGUGAUGGUCAGAUUAGGUUUUAGGGGGCUUGUGGUUCAAAUCCUGUUUUCAGAGAGAAUGGAGAAAGGAGUCCUUUGUAUUUUUUAUUAAGUUAUUUAUAAGGGGCUGUCUUUACCUCCCUCUAACUGUUUCCCCUACAUUGAAUUCCCUCUCUUUCUUCAACCCCUUACAAACUAGAUGGGAAAAAAGGACAAACAGCAAGCAAUCGCAGCCAUCAAGAAGACAGAAGAAGAAGGAGAGAGAGAAAGAAAGAGAGGGAGGAGAGCUGAGAGAGAGAGAGCGGAAGAGAGAGCGUAGCGAGAGCGAUGAGCGAGAGAGAAAAGAAGAAAGAACGAAAGCCCGAACACAACAAAAAGACACGAACAGCCUAAUCGAACUCACCGCCACUCCCUCACUCCCUCCCCCUCCCUACCCUCCUCCCUCUCCCUCUCUCCUUUUUCUAGCAUAUUUCCCUUUGGUAACCCCCCCUCUCGUAACACAUAUCUCGCUCAAACCCUCUUAAUUUCAGUACUUUAUUAAGAAAGGCAGGUUACAAAUAUCAUUAUAAACUGGGUGGUUCAAGCCCUGAAUGCUGAUUGGCUGACAACCAUGGUAUAUCAGACCGUAUACCACGGGUAUGAAAAAACAUUUAUUUUUAACUGCCUCUAGUUACAUUGGUAACCAGUUUAUAAUAGCAAGGCACCUCGGGGGUUUGUGGUAUAUGGCCAAUAUACCACGGCUAAGGGCUGUGUCCAGGCACUCCACGUUGUGUCGUAUUUAAGAACAGCCCUUUCACGUAUAUUGGCCAUAUAUCAAACCUCCUCGAGCCUUAUUGCUUAAACAUACUCGACAAAGAAUACAGGUUACAAAUAUCAACAUACUCCACAUAGAAUAAAGUGUUUGUCCCUCUUGUCCCUCUCUCUCUGACCCCCAGGGUGUGGAAGGGACGGGCCUGGCGUUCAUUGCCUUCACAGAGGCCAUGGCCCAGUUCCCUGCCAGCCCCUUCUGGUCCACGCUCUUCUUCCUCAUGCUGCUCAACCUGGGCAUGAGCACCAUGUUCGGCACCAUGCAGGGAAUCCUCACCCCCCUCAUGGACAACUUCAGCCUGCUGGGACGCCACAGGACCAUGCUCACUGGUAAUACACAAACAUUCACACACACGAAUGCACAAAUACACCUAAAUAGCUGGGUUCUUUGUCAAUAUGGUUCAGUGAGUCACUAAAUAGUUGUGUUCUUUGUCAUUAUGGUUCAGUGAGUCACUAAAUAGCUGUGUUCUUUGUCAUUAUGUUUCAGGAAGUCACUAAAUAGCUAAGUCGCUCUGGAUAAGAGCGUCUGCUAAAUGACUAAAAUGUAAAUGUAAAUGUCAUUAUGGUUCAGUGAGUCACUAAAUAGCUGUGUUCUUUGUCAUUAUGUUUCAGGAAGUCACUAAAUAGCUGUGUUCUUUGUCAUUAUGGUUCAGUGAGUCACUAAAUAGCUGUGUUCUUUGUCAUUAUGGUUCAGUGUGUCACUAAAUAGCUGUGUUCUUUGUUAUUAUGGUUCAGUGAGUCACUAAAUAGCUGUGUUCUUUGUCAUUAUGUUUCAGUGAGUGACUAAAGAGCAGUGUUCUUUGUCAUUAUGGUUUAGUGUGUCACUAAAUAGCUGUGUUCUUUGUCAUUAUGGUUCAGUGAGUCACUAAAUAGCUGUGUUCUUUGUCAUUAUGGUUCAGUGUGUCACUAAAUAGCUGUGUUCUUUGUUAUUAUGGUUCAGUGAGUCACUAAAUAGCUGUGUUCUUUGUCAUUAUGGUUCAGUGAGUCACUAAAUAGCUGUGUUCUUUGUCAUUAUGGUUCAGUGAGUGACUAAAGAGUUGUGUUCUUUGUCAUUAUGGUUUAGUGUGUCACUAAAUAGCUGUGUUCUUUGUCAUUAUGGUUCAGUGAGUCACUAAAUAGCUGUGUUCUUUGUCAUUAUGGUUCAGUGAGUCACUAAAUAGCUGUGUUCUUUGUCAUUAUGGUUCAGUGAGUCACUAAAGAGCUGUGUUCUUUGUCAUUAUGGUUUAGUGUGUCACUAAAUAGCUGUGUUCUUUGUCAUUAUGGUUCAGUGAGUCACUAAAUAGCUGUGUUCUUUGUAAUUAUGGUUCAGUGAGUCACUAAAUAGCUGUGUUCUUUGUCAUUAUGGUUCUGUGAGUCACUAAGUAGCUGUGUUCUUUGUCAUUAUGGUUCAGUGUGUCACUAAAUAGCUGUGUUCUUUGUCAUUAUGGUUCAGUGAGUCACUAAAUAGCUGUGUUAUUUGUCAUUAUGGUUCACUGAGUCACAAAAUAGCUGUGUUCUUUGUCAUUAUGGUUCAGUGAGUCACUAAAUAGCUGUGUUCUUUAUCAUUAUGGUUCAGUGUGUCACUAAAUAGCUGUGUUCUUUGUCAUUAUGGUUCAGUGAGUCACUAAAUAACUGUGUUCUUUGUCAUUAUGGUUCAGUGAGUCACUAAGUAGCUGUGUUCUUUGUCAUUAUGGUUCAGUGUGCAGCUGUGUUCUGGGCUUUGUGAUCGGACUUUUGUUUACCCAGCGCUCUGGGAACUACUUUGUUACGAUGUUCGACGACUACUCUGCCACAAUGCCCCUGAUCAUCGUGGUGGUCUUUGAGACGUUCGCUGUGGCCUGGGUGUACGGAGCUGACCGGUAAGGCGUCCAAACGGGUUUGCCAAUACCAAUGUAUUAGUAUAAUACCAAUGAUGUACAGUACUCCUUUCUUUGAAUAAUUUAUUCAUGUUUUAUUUUCUAUGAUACAAAUAUUAGCAGGUACAGAUACAGGAUUAGCAUUGUAAACGGUACAGAUACAGGAUUAGCUUGAAACACGGUACAGAUACAGGAUUAGCAUGUGUAACGGUUACAGAUCGAUUAGCUUUAAAGGUACAGAUACAGAUUAGCAUGUAACGGUCAGAUACAAUUAGCAUUGUAACGUUACGAUCAGGAUUGCAUUGUAACGGUACAGAACGGUAGCUUGUAAAACGGUUCCGAUACAGGAUUAGAUUGUAAACGGUACAAGAUACAGGUUAGCACUUGUAACGGUAAGAUAAGAUUAGCAUUGUAAACGUUACAGAUACAGAUUAGCAUUGUAAACGGUACAGAUACAGGAUUAGCAUUGUAAACGGUACAGAUACAGGAUUAGCAUUGUAAACGGUACAGAUACAGGAUUAGCAUUGUAAACGGUACAGAUACAGGAUUAGCAUUGUAAACGGUACAGAUACAGGAUUAGCAUUGUAAACGGUACAGAUACAGGAUUAGCAUUGUAACGGGAGCAGAUCAGCAGGAUUAAGGCAUUGUAAACGGUACAGAUCAAGGAUUAGCAUUGUAAACGGUACAGAUACAGGAUUGGGCCAUUGUAAACGGUACAGAUACAGGAUUAGCAUUGUAAACGGUACAGAUACAGGAUUCGCAUGUGUAAACCGGUACAGAUUACAGGAUUAGCAUUGUAAACGGGACAGAUACAGGAUUAGCAUUGUAAACAGGUACAAGAUACAGAUUAGCAUUGUAACGCGUAAGAGAUACAGGAUUAGCAUUUAACGGUACAGAGUACGGAUUAGCAUUGGAAACGUUACAGAUAAGAAGCAUGUAACGGUACAGAUACCGGAUUAGCAUUGUAAACGGUACAGAUACGGAUUAGCAUGUAAACGGUACAGAUUACAGGAUUAGCAUUGUAAACGGUACAGAUACAGGAUUAGCAUUGUAAACGUGACCAGCGGUCAGGAAAUCAACUAAUAAAGUGGAUGUAGAUAAUGUUAAAAACAUUUAAAUGAAUAGAAUGAGAGUAAAAUAGUUAUGUGUUUGCUGAGUAGUUAGCUGAAACUUACUGUAUUUAUUUUAUUUUAUUUUCCACUUUGAUGGUGAACUUUCUGCAAUGCUAACAUUCACUUCCAGUCGUUUUCGCUCGCAUUGCUAGUCCCAUUGUUUAGAAUUUUUCCGCAUUUAUGCAAAUACAUAUGGGAUAUUAGAAUCCUCUUGUCCUAACCUGUAGAUUUUCAACCUUUUGUGUUUAUUUUUCUAUUCAAGCUUUGUUUUAACAGGGAAGACAUAUUGAGACCUACGUCUCUUUUACAAAUGUGCCCAAUAUAAUACAACUCAGGUGUCUAUACUUCAACAGCAAAGUUAAAUAAGACGAAAGUUUAUGAAGUAGGGCCUUGUAAACAAAAAGGGAGUCAUGUAGAGAUCUACGGGUCUUUAGCAAACUCCAGCCAACCUUUUGAUACAGGAUGCAGUGAUGAGUAUAAAAAACUGUCACCUGUGACAAAACGAAGGGCACUAUGGUAGAUGGCAUCCAAAGGUUUAACAGUAGUUGCAGCUGCACUUUGAUAAAUAAUAUCACUAUAAUCAAGAACAGCUAAAAAUGUUGAUUGAAUAUUCUCCUUCCUACUGCUUAGAGAAAGGCACGAUCUGUUUCUGUAGCAAAAGCCUACUUUAACCAGCUUCUUUACCAGCUCAUCGAUAUGUUUUUUAAACUUCAAAUCCAUAUCAAUCUAAAUGCCUAAGUAUUUAUAUGGGGGAACACGUUCGAUUUGAGAACCAUGUAAUGAGUGAACGUAGUUCAUCUGAAACAUUUUUACGAGUGUUUAAAAACAACAUGUAUUUAGUUUUGCCCGUAUUAGUCUUAAAUCAGCAAGGGAUUCCUGCAUAACUAUAAAAUCCGAUUUUAGUAGUGACACAGCCAGAUCAACAGUCGGGGCAGUAGCAUACAUAAUAGUAUCAUCUUCAUAUAGAUUAAGUUAACAUUUUUCUACAGAUUGACCAAUGGUGUUUAUAUAAAUAGUGAAGAGAACAGGUUGCAAAAUCGACCCCUGUGGUACACCUUUAUGUACUUCAAGACGUUCAGACUUAACCCCAUCAAUCAUGAUGGCCUGAGUUCUGUCACUAAGAUAAUCAUGAAACCAUGAACAGGCGUCAGAGAAAGAUUUAGCCUUUCUGAUUUGUCUUACACAAUGAUUCCUCAGUUGCUUAAAAGCUUGUCAGUCCGGGCCUAAGCCUGUGUUCCUGGCCUUGACCCAAGCAUCAACUCUUUUAUGAAUGACUUCUGAUACAUCCGGACUGUACCAGGCUUUCGAUUAACCUUAAACCCUUAAUUUCUUGAAGGGAGCCUGAUUAUCCACAAUAGUAUUGAGACAUCUGCAAAAAGGCUCAAAGCUAAAUCAGGUUCAGGGAUAUCUGAAAUACAAUCAAGCCUCUGAUAGGCUGGGUGGAAUUGUUGCCAUAUUGUGGACACCUAUCUAAUCCUCUAACAUCUCCACAAGUGUCUAGUGGGCUUGAGGCUAUAGGCGUUGGUUUGAGAUUCAGGAUCUGUGAUGAUGACACAUCUAGCAUCUCCUUUCCUCCCAAGCUUCUUGGAUGACAUUGAGAUCAUGCUGAAAUGGCGCCCCCCGGUGCUGUAUAAGUACCUGUGGAAGUACGUGUGUCUGUUUGCUAUGGUGGGCCUGCUGGCGGCCAGUCUACUGCGAAUGGUCUUCAAACGACCGACCUACACAGCCUGGAACCACACCACGGUGAGAUACCCCUACAAUGGCCCAGGUCUCUGUUCCUGGCUGGCUAGAUGGAUGACUUCCUUUCCUUCCUUCCUUUUGACCUUCCUACCUUCCUUCCUUCCUAACUUCCUUGAAUUACAUUAUUUUCUCAAUUGCUUGAUUACACUCACCUUUUUUCACUCUCUUCUUAUACCUCCCUCUCUCCCUCCCUCCUUCUCGCUUUCUUUAUUUUCUCUCUCUCUUACACUCUCAUCCCCCUUAUACACUCUUAGAAAAAAAGGUGCUAUCUAAAACCUAAAAGGGUUAUUUGACUGUCCCCAUAGGAGAACCCUUUGAAUAACCUUUUUUGGCCCAGGUAGAACCCUUUUGGUUCCAAGUAGAACCCUUUUGAGUUCCAUAUAGAACCCCUUAACACAGAGCGUUCUACAUGGAACCCUAAAGAGUUCUACCUGGAACCAAAAAGGGUUCUACCUGGAACCAGAAAGGGUUCUCCUAUUGGAACAGCCGAAGAACCCUUUUGGAACCCUAAGAGUGUAUGUCUUCCUCUCUCUCCAGGCAUCAGAGACAACUCUGGAGUACCCAGACUGGGCCCUGGCCAUGUUGGCCAUGCUGAUCCUGGCUGCUACCCUGCCCGUCCCUGUUGGCUACAUUCACUCCUGGCUGAAGAACCGUGCCAUGGGCCCAGAGGGGGAGCUCGGGGGCCAGGAGAUAGACCGAGAGAGGUACACCAAGUGCAACUCCAGUGACGCCCUGGACUCCAACUCCCAGCAUGCCCCCUCGGUGGAGGAUGAUGGCCGACCCAGGGCUAGCUUCCUACCACUGGGCCUCGACCACUACAGACUCCUCCCACAACAGGAAGAUAUGGAGGAAGAGGAAGAGGAUACG